AGAGAGCUCAAAUAGAGAUUUAAUUUUGACCGUGGGAGCAAGAUUAAUCCAGAUGUAGCUCGGUCUUCUCAAAGUCUUCAGGUUCUCAAUAGUCAUCUCUAUCGGCAAUGGCUCGCGCGUCUCUUCUGGUAUCGUUCCUAGUAGGCAUACUCGCGACAGUGCUGUACAGAUCUGGCACCACACUGUGGCCUGCGACAGGAAACAUUACAAGCGAUAAUGAUUUUGCUUGGAAUAUCCUCCGCCAUCUGGGCGGUCUAUCGCCAUGGCUUCCGAAGGUCGAAGGAGUCAACGAUAGCAAUGACGUUCCACCCGGAUGUGUGAUUGAUCAGAUUCAUAUGAUGUCGAGGCACGCUGAGCGGUAUCCUACCGUUGCUACUGGCAUACGCAUGCUGGAAUUAUACCACCGUUUGCAACAUGCAAACAUCACGCUACUCGAAGACUUGGCAUUCGUUAAUCAAUGGAACUUCUUCGCGCCUCAUCCCGCCGAGCAAUUCGAACAACUUACAACUACGGGACCAUACGCCGGCUCCUUGUCGUCAUUCAAAGCCGGCGUCGAUCUACGUGGCCGAUACCUCCCUCUGCUACAAGCCGCACUAGAAAAAGAUCGCAAGAUUUCAAUCUGGGCUGGACUGUCGGAUAGAGUGAUUGAUUCUGCGCGUUACUUCGCAAAUGGCUUUUUCGGGCUCAAUUGGUUGGAUGUAGCAACUCUCCACAUCAUCUCGGAAACACCAGACCGUGGCGUGGACACACUUACUCCAGGACGGUCUUGUCCGAAUUAUGCAACCGAUAGCAGAGGCCAUGCACACGGCGUUCGGCAGCUCGGUGCUUUCCGGUCAACAUACUUGCCAGAAGUAGGACGUCGAUUGCUGAAACAAAAUCCAUCAGUCCCGUUCAGUGUGGCCGAACUCUUUACGAUGCAGGAGAUAUGCGCGUUUGAAGUACUACUGAAUGGCGUAUCGCCCUGGUGCUCUGUCUUCACCAAUGAGGAGAUGGAGAGCUUCGAGUAUGCUCGAGAUAUCCUCCAUUACUACCGUGCAGGACCGGGAAAUUACUAUGGACCAUCUCUGGGCUGGUCUUGGCUCAAUGCUACAGCGAGCCUGCUCCAGAAGGGCCCAGAAGCAGGUCCGCUGUUUCUCAGCUUCAACCACGAUGGAGACAUCAUCGCAAUGCUGGGUGCACUCGAUCUCUUCCCUCAAGAGCCACAUCUUCCGACUACCCACGUCAACCACGCCCGUACAUGGCGAAUGGCUGAUGUCGUGCCCAUGGGUGGGCGCAUUAUCUUCGAGCGAUUCGUUUGUCCGGUAACGGAGUGUUGGGACAAUGGACCUCUGUAUCCGAACCACGUCUAUUGCGCCAAGAAGAACGACACCUUUGUCCGAGUCAACAUCAACGAUGGCAUAGUCCCAAUUGCUGGCUGUACCGAUGGGCCCGGCAAGGCAUGUCCACUCGCGGAAUUCGUGGAGCGAAUUGAGAAACGGGGAAAGGAGAUACCCUCUUUUGUUGAUAUUUGUGGUAUGCCGGAAGGGGCACCACGGACUUUGACAUUCUUGCAUCAGGGUCAAGAGUAGCAAUAAUAGAGUAUUUUUGGAACAGACUUGCGUAACGAUCAUCUGUUCUACUGAUGUACAUCAUUCGUCAAAGUGUAUCUGAUACUCGAGGCUCAUUGAAAGAUAGCUGAGUCCAAGGCAUUGC